AAGCAAACUCGAGCUCAAAUCCCUGCGAACACUGUAUCUCUGCCUAUUCUAGUAUUCUCUGUCCGUCUGUCGCUCCUCCAAACUCUGCUACGACGGUCGACGAUUCCCUGCGAAUUCGACGGUCGACGACGAAGUCAAGCCCCAAGGCCCAAAACGCCGCCUCCCGCCCUCCCUGCGAAUCUGCGACGAAGACGACAACAGACGACGAAGCAAGCAGAAGCCAAGGCCGACGACGAAGCUAGAAGUCGACGACGCCGCCGCCGCCGCCUCCCGCCCUCCCCUGCGAAUCUGCUGUACUGGAUACUUCAAUGAAGCAAUCCAAGGAUCCUUUUGAAGCUGCUUUUGAGGAGCAAGAGGAAUCACCCCCUGAUUCCCCUAUAGUUGCCGAGGAGAAUGAAACCCAAAAUGAAGCUGCUAUUACUGUCAAUGACCAUGGAACUGAUGAAUUUGUUUCCAUUAAUCAUCCUGAAAACCCUUCAACAUCCGUUGCUGCCACAGUUCCCACUGGGACUGCUGGCAAGCCCAAAGAAGAUGAUGAAGAGGAAGAGGAAGAGCACAUGGAGGUGCAACUAGGAAAGCUUGCAUCUAGUUCUGACCCCGAUAAGAUGGCUAAAAUGCAGACCAUUUUAUCUCAAUUUACUGGAGAACAAAUGAGUAGGUAUGAAUCUUUUCGAAGAUCUGGAUUUCAGAAGUCUAACAUGAAGCGGUUAUUAGUAAGUAUCACAGGAAGUCAGAAAAUCUCUGUGCCUAUGACGAUUGUGAUGUCUGGUAUUGCAAAAAUGUUUGUUGGUGAACUCAUUGAAACAGCUAGAAUGGUGAUGUCUGAGAGAAAUGAUAGCGGACCUAUUAGACCAUGUCACGUUAGAGAAGCAUAUAGACGACUAAAACUUGAGGGAAAGGUUCCAAGAAGAUCUGCCCCACGACUCUUUCGCUAGACAAAUAUUCAAUGGUCCUUGUGCAGGUUUUUGUUAUUCUCCUUUGCUUAGCAUUUGGUAUAGAAAAAUGCUUCUUAGUAGAAUUGAGAUAAAUCCUUUUGGAAAACGUUGUUGGGGUACAGUAGUGCUUUUGUAUUGCCAUUUUAUGUGAAAGAGUUUCAUGUUGACUUGUUUCUUCUUCCCCACAAUGCUUCAUACUUAAUGCUUUAAA